AUGGCCAACAACCGACCGGGGCAACGGGCCGUGCUUCCCGCGCUGCCGGAGAAUGCCUUGUCCAAGAAAUCGGUGAACCCCGAAACCGAUGGCCUGGAGCUUUGUAAGCAAGCUGUGGCAUUGCUGGUGGGCGAUCUACGCGCCGAGGUCCAGCAGGCGGUGGGUCAGCUCAAGGGGGAGGCCAACGCGGCGAAGAACCCUUUGGGCUCAAAGUUGCUGAAUGUGGCCGAUGGUUUGCAGCAAGCGGAGAAGGACGCCUUGGGGAGGAUGAGGGAGUUGCUGACACAUUCCCACUGGGACUUGGGUCAGCGCCUGGAUCAACAGAUGCAGGUGAAUGCGUUGCUGGGCGACCACUUGGGAGCCUCAAGGGACUUGACGGUGGGCACCGUGGCCAACCUGGAGCAAUGCAUGAAGCGACUCGAGGCCAACGUGAGCCGUGAGUAUGGGGAGAUGAGAUCGGAGCUCAGCCGGGUCAAGGAGAUCGUGACCAAUAUUUCAUCUCAAGUGGAGCGAGAAACACUGGCAAUCCAAGAACAAAACACGCAGCAGGCGGCCAACGUGGAGGGGCGGCUUCUCGAGGAGUUGGGCCUCGUGCGUUCGGAGGUGGAGAAUCGAAUUCUCGCUUCUUCGAAUCAAGUGUCCAGUGCCUUGCGGCAGCUUGAAAACCAGACCAUUCAGUGCAAUGAAGGUAUUGGCACUAUCAUAACAGCCGAGCACCAGCUCAAAGCCAUUGCGGACGGGAUCACUGCAGAAGUUUUGCGACUGCAGCAGCAAGAUGACAAGCACUACGUGGAUUUGGGGCAAAACCUGGAUGUGAAGAUUGCCAACCAAGAUGAGCAUUUGCUCACGAUUUUGCAGCAGAACGAUAGCUUCAUUACUUUGCCUCAAGAUGUAUCACGUUUGAGGAGGAAGGUGAAUGAAGACAUCCGCUUGGUGCUGGGAGAGAUUACCCGUGUUCAGAAAGCUCUCCAGGUGGACUACCUGCCGCCCUCGAAGCUUCGCUCCAACAGCCGAAAGCUGAGCGACGGACACCGGCGCUCCCGCGAGGAGAUGGCGACCGUCGCUGUGCAGCUCAUGGACGUUUCCAUCAGCCCACCGGGCGUGGUGGAGCGCCACUCGAAAGCCACUGGAAGCACCACGAGCUCCGACUACCUGGCAGCACCACGGAAGGCCAAGGUCCGCCAGCGCCAGAACUCCAGGCAGCCCAUCAUGGACGAGAGUCAAGAGACGGACUUCCUGGACGAGGUGCCCGACACCCCCAGAGACACGGAGAAGAGGUAUCGUGAUUUUGGUACCCAAAUCGACACCCAGUUCCGCGAUACGGGUGCACAGACCGAUGCCUCCUGGUCUGAUUUGGCGGCCGAGAAGCUCAAGCAGGACAAGAAAAAGAAGAAGAAGUCCACGGCCACCAAGGAGGAGUCAGUGCGACAGCAGCACACCAGGGCGGCCAACUUCACGCCCAUUGACAAGCUGAAAGAAAAGGCAACCGCGGCAGCGAUGAAAAAGCAGUACAGCGUCUUUGACUACUACAAGGAUGAGGGCUGUGCGCAGCGUAUUGCUCGACAUCCGGUGUUCGACAACGUGACGAUUUUGGUUGUGAUUGCCAACUCGAUUUGGCUGGGUGUAGAUGCAGACAUGAAUCAAGAGGCCAUCCUUUUCAAUGCCCAUCCAGUGAUUAUUGCUGGAGAGAACUUCUUUUGCAUCUACUUCACGCUGGAGAUCAUCAUCCGUUUCUUGGCCUUCCAGCGGAAGUUGAACGCCUUCAAAGAUUUUUGGUUUAGCUUCGACCUUUGCUUGGCCAUCCUCAUCAUUGUGGAGACCUGGGUCACACCGGUCGUGCUGCUGAUGGCCGGUGGCUCCUCUGGCCUCCCCGAGGGCACCGUCCUGCUACGGCUCAUUCGCCUGGUGAGGCUGGUGCGCUUGACGCGGCUCACGCGUUUGUUGCGCUCCUUCCCUGAGCUGAUGAUCAUCGUCAAGGGUCUCGCCUUUGCAGCCAGGUCGGUGUGUGUGUUCUCCUUGCUGUGGGCAAUCAUCACCUAUGCCUUCGCAAUCAUCCUCCGACAGCUCACAGAGGGUUCCGCCAUUGGCACCACCUUCUUCAGCUCUGUGCCUGAGUCCAUCAACACCCUGCUGCUACCGGCAGUGUUUGGAGCCAAUGCAGAUGUCAUCAACAGCAUCACCGCUGGAAAUCCUGGACUGUGGCCCAUCAUGGUCUUCUUCAUGGCCUUGGUCUCGGUGACGAUCAUGUACAUGUUGCUGGGCGUUUUGGUGGAUGUGAUUGGUGCGGUGGCAUCCACAGAGAAGCAGAAGAUCGAAAUUACUUACAUCGUGGGGCAGCUCCGGGAGGAACUCGAGAAGCUGGCGAUCGUGCCUGAGGCCAUGGAAUUGAACCAAGCGGACUUCCAGAAGUUAGUUCUGGAGCCGGGCAUCGUCCGCGUCAUGCACGAGGCAGGCGUGAACGUCGAUGUGUUGGCUGAAAUGCUCGACUUGGUUUGGGAGGACGCCACCGCCAAGACGCAGAAUAUGGGUUUUUCGGACUUGGUGAACAUGGUCCUUGGCAUGAGGGGAUCUAAUCCAGCCACGGUAAAGGACUGCAAAGAGCAGAUCCGGGUCACCAACUCCCUCAUCAAACGUUGCUUCGACUCCUUGUACGACGAGCUGGAUGAGCGCUUCCAGCAGAUGCGCACGGAGAUUCAGAACAGCCUGGAGCAUCGGCGCUGUUGUCGCGCCGCCUUUUCGGGGGCUGGGGAGGUUCUGAUAGACACGUCCCAAGACAUUGACGCUGAAGGGGAUUUUGCAUGGAUUUCCCACAUGACCGUUUCCAAUUUACGGUAA